GACGGGAUUCAUCAGACUCGGACUACGACCCUGGGCCUGAGCUGUCAACAUGUGUACAGAGUCUGAGGUAGGUAUGCCGAACUCUCCUCCGAGGGCUAUACGCCCUCCCUCAUCCGGUGUACUCUCGCCGAGAGAUGAGGGCGAACCGGCGGAUGUCAUAGCCGCAGGAUGGCAGAGAAGACCGUCAAUGCACUGUGUGGCUGGGGAUGACAUGUAGCGCUCCUGGCCCGCACGCUUGUGCACGGCCACGGGGCUCCGUAUGUAUUGCAUUCGGUGAGACACAGAGUUCAAAUCUUGCACAGCUGAAGUCUGGCAUCUAUUCCAGACGUGGCACUGCAG